CUAGCUUACUAAUCUUAUUCUUUAGUAAAAAAUUAUAAAAUAAUUUCCUUGACGUUUACGAAAUAUAUAUUAAUAUGGAGAUACAGAAAGAUAAUGACGAGACAAAAAACGUUAUAGCAGAUGCCUUGGUUAGGCACAACUUUUACAGAAAAAAACACAAUGUGCCUCCUUUAAGAAUUAAUUCAAAGUUGAAUGAAAUUAGUCAAAAUUGGGCUGAUGAGUUGGCCAAAACUGACAUAGCAUCUCAUCGCCCAAAUAAUGCUUAUGGUGAAAAUAUUUAUUAUAUUCAGUCAACAGAUAAAGUGACCGAAUUGGGUGUUAAAGCAGUAAACAGCUGGUAUAAUGAAAUAAAAUUUUUUGAUUUUCAAGGAUCAGAGGAUGACAUGGCUGCUUCCAAAAAAGCAUUUCACUUUACUCAAGUAGUUUGGAAAGACAGUGAAGAGCUUGGUGUUGGAGUCUCUAAAAGUCUUGGAUCCGGUACAUUAUACGUAGUGUGUAAUUAUGAUCCACCCGGAAAUGUUAGAUCGGAAUUUAAAGAACAGGUAUUGGAACCUGAAGAUGAUUAAUAAUCAGAUAAAGAAAUAAUAUAAUAUAAUAUCGAUAUUGGGUUUUGGGUUUUGGAAUUAAAAAUAUUUACAACAAUA